GACAGGCGCGAUGACAUUCCAGGCGAGGGACCUGGAGAGUGGCCGAGGAUGUCCUUUUGAAACCACCGAAGUCCAUCGAGGAACUGGCAGAGGCAAACGAUUCUCAACACCACGAAGCAGAUCAUGACAUCAAACAACCACGUCGGCAAUUGGCCAAACGCAGCCGGGUUCCAAGUAGACGCCGAACAACGCUCUGCAAUCGAGCUACCCGUCAAAGGAACCUUCCCCCGAGCCCUCGCCGGCACACUCUACCGCACCGGACCAGCCUACGCACAAGUCGGUGACUUCAAACUGAGCCACUGGUUCGAUGGCUUCACCCAACUCUACCGCUUUCAGAUCAUCCCAGACGACGACCAAGACGGCGCAACAUGCAAGAUCCUAUUCAAUUCCCGCCGUCAAGUCGACGGUCUGAUGGAGAAAGCGAGGAAGAGCAAGCGACUAGACGGCAUCACAUUCGCGCAAAAGCGAGAUCCAUGCGAGGGAUUCUUUGGGAAGGUCAUGACGCUGUUUACUUCGGCGUUUGCGAAACGGGAGGGACCAGAGGACUUGAUGUCUGGCGUCACGGUUCAUCGUGCCGUGCAUGGUGGAGGUGGAGGCAACAACUUGCUUGAGACUCGAACGGAUCAGGGUGCUUUCAAGACCGUUGAUGCGACGACCUUGGAGCCUAAAGAAGUCAUCACGCAGACGAAGCUGCAUCCAGAUCUCACGGGUCCCAUGUCCUGCGCCCAUGCACAAUUCGAUCCGGUGACUGGAGACGCUUUCAACUUCAAUCUGGCGUUCGGACGACAUGCUACUUACAAAAUGUACUGCACGUCCGCCGCGACUGGCAAAACGGAGAUUCUGGCAACCAUCACCGAGCCGGAUAUUCCUGCAGCAUACUUGCACGCCUUCUUUCUGACUGAGAACUAUGUGAUACUCUGUGUCUGGAGCUCCCAUUACGCAGCUGGAGGGCUCAAGACACUAUGGGAACGCAACGUUCUCGAUGCUUUGACGCCCUUCGACGACGCAAAACCAGUACAUUGGCUCGUCGUCGAUCGGAAGAACGGUAACGCCAGCAAUGGUGCCGUGAAGCGGUUCACCUCAAAAGCCAUGUUCGCUUUCCACACGGUCAACGCGUUCGAAGUCAAGAACGAAAAUGGCACGACGGACUUGCUGUGCGACAUUGUCGAGUAUCCAACCAUGGAAGUGCUGCAAGGACUGUACUACGAGAACCUUGUAUCUGACGGAGCUGGAGCCCGAGAUCGAGGUAUUAAAAAGUCAACACUCGCUCGAUACCGUUUGAAAAACGUCACCAGCCCUUCGAAAGCACCAGAGCCAGCGGAGUCCGACUUCCGUAUCGCCUUCAACGGCGACCUCCCAACCAUCAAUCCAACACUGCACACCAAACCCUACCAAUACGUCUAUGGUAUCGGCGACCACGGACUCUCGAGUUUCUACGACAGCAUAGUCAAAGUGGACUUGAAAACACAAGUGAUGAAGCGCUGGUCUGUGGCGAAACAUACUCCCGGCGAGCCGAUUUUUGUCGUGGACGAGGCGAGGAAGGAUAAAGAGGACGGUGGCUGGCUGUUGAGUUGUGUUCUGGAUGGGGAGAAGAGUACCAGCUACUUGCUGUGUCUGGACGCUGAGACGUUGCAGGAAGUUGGGAAGGCUGAGGGCGAUGUGCCUUGGGGGAUUGGAUUUCAUGGGGAUUAUCAUAAGUGA